AUGGGAAGAUCUCCUUGUUGUGAUAAGAGUAAUGUGAAGAAGGGUCCUUGGUCUCCUGAAGAAGAUGCUAAGCUCAAGGAUUUUAUUGACAAAAAUGGCACUGGAGGAAAUUGGAUCUCUCUCCCCCAAAAAGCUGGUUUGAAGAGAUGUGGGAAGAGUUGCAGGUUGAGAUGGCUUAACUAUCUGAGGCCUAACAUUAAACAUGGAGGAUUCACUGAUGAGGAAGAUAGAAUAAUUUGUACUCUAUUUUCCACCAUCGGAAGCAGGUGGUCAAUAAUUGCAACCCAAUUACCAGGAAGAACGGACAACGACAUAAAGAAUCACUGGAAUAGCAAGCUAAAGAGGAAGCUUAUAGAAAUGGAGAAGAAAGCCCAAAUAACCACAACCAUACCAUCUUCUCAGAAUCAUCAUCAUCAUCAUCAAACUUUCUCAUCAUUUUCAUCUCAACCACUCUCAUCCCUAAUCAACAAACAUGAUGACUACUUCAAUGAUAUUAAUUAUUCCAAUUAUAACCUUUCCUCCCCUCCUUCAACAACAACAAUCAAAAGCUUUGAAUCUCUCAUUUCAUCAAUCCCAUCAAAUUGGAUAUCUGGAUUGAAACCAAUUCAGGCCUUUACUGAUAGAGUACCAAGGGGAGCGACUGCUGCGGAAUUUGCUAGUGCAAGGAAUAUCUCCCUGGAGAGCAAAGUUGGUAUCUUUCAUGCGGAUGAUGCCCAACCCCCCUUUCUCUUUUGGAGAGGUAACCACCGGCCAUCUAACCAAGUGCAGUUUUUAGGAAUCUGUGGGGUUGUUCCAGAAGAAGUUUCUCCAGGCUUUUUCAAUGCUUUUGUAAAAAGAUGCAGGGGCUUUGAAGACUGA